CUCGUCGCCGCCGCCAUUUUAGCUCCCGGUUCCGGCCGCACGGUGUGGGCUGUUGUAGCGGGAGGGGUGGGGGGUCCUCCAGAGUUAAGGCACCGUCCUCGACUGCGCGGAAACAGCCGCCAGCUCCUCUUCUUUCUCUGCUUUUGUAACCGCCCGCUUCAAGAGUGCGAAGAUGUCCAAGCGCCACCGGUUGGACUUGGGGGAGGAUUACCCCUCCGGCAAGAAGCGUGCGGGGACCGAUGGGAAGGAUCGAGAUCGGGAUCGGGAUCGUGAAGAUCGGUCCAAAGAUCGAGACCGAGAACGAGAUAGAGGAGAUAGGGAGCGGGAGCGGGAGAAGGAGAAGGAGAAGGAAUUGCGGGCCUCCACGAAUGCUAUGCUGCUCAGCGCGGGACUGCCGCCGCUAAAAGCGUCCCACUCGGCCCACUCGGCCCACUCGGCACAUUCGGCUCAUUCGGCUCAUUCGGCACACACUGGGCAUGCCGGGCACACGUCACUCCCCCAGUGCAUCAAUCCGUUCACCAACCUGCCCCAUACGCCUCGGUACUACGAUAUUUUAAAGAAAAGGCUACAGCUCCCUGUUUGGGAAUACAAGGAUAGAUUCACAGAUAUUUUGGUUAGACAUCAGUCAUUUGUACUGGUUGGUGAGACUGGCUCUGGUAAGACAACACAGAUUCCACAGUGGUGUGUGGAGUACAUGCGCUCAUUACCAGGCCCGAAGAGAGGAGUUGCCUGUACUCAGCCCAGGAGAGUGGCUGCAAUGAGUGUGGCUCAGAGAGUUGCUGAUGAAAUGGACGUGAUGUUGGGUCAGGAAGUUGGUUACUCCAUUCGAUUUGAAGACUGCAGUAGCGCAAAAACCAUUCUUAAGUAUAUGACUGAUGGAAUGCUACUUCGUGAAGCUAUGAAUGACCCCCUCCUGGAGCGUUACGGCGUGAUAAUUCUUGAUGAGGCUCAUGAAAGGACACUGGCUACAGAUAUUCUCAUGGGUGUUCUGAAGGAAGUUGUAAGACAGAGAUCAGAUUUAAAGGUGAUAGUUAUGAGCGCGACUCUAGAUGCAGGAAAAUUCCAGAUUUACUUCGAUAACUGUCCUCUUUUAACCAUUCCGGGGCGUACACAUCCUGUUGAGAUCUUCUAUACUCCAGAACCAGAGAGAGAUUAUCUUGAAGCAGCGAUUCGAACAGUGAUCCAGAUUCAUAUGUGUGAGGAGGAGGAGGGAGAUCUUCUACUUUUCUUAACUGGUCAAGAGGAAAUUGAUGAGGCCUGUAAGAGAAUAAAGCGUGAGGUGGAUGAUUUGGGCCCCGAGGUUGGUGACAUUAAGAUCAUUCCAUUGUACUCUACACUUCCACCUCAGCAGCAGCAGCGCAUUUUUGAGCCUCCUCCUCCAAAAAAACAAAAUGGAGCAAUUGGAAGAAAGGUAGUGGUGUCAACUAACAUCGCAGAGACAUCUUUGACAAUAGAUGGUGUGGUCUUUGUAAUAGAUCCUGGAUUUGCAAAACAAAAGGUCUACAAUCCUCGGAUCAGAGUUGAGUCUCUGUUAGUGACGGCGAUUAGCAAAGCCUCUGCUCAGCAAAGGGCUGGGCGAGCUGGCCGAACCCGUCCUGGGAAGUGCUUCAGGCUCUACACAGAGAAGGCCUAUAAAACAGAAAUGCAGGAUAACACUUAUCCUGAGAUUUUGCGUUCCAAUUUAGGAUCAGUUGUGUUGCAGUUGAAGAAACUGGGUAUUGAUGACUUGGUACAUUUUGAUUUUAUGGAUCCACCAGCUCCUGAAACUCUGAUGCGAGCCCUGGAACUUUUGAAUUACCUGGCUGCUUUAAAUGAUGAUGGAGAUCUUACUGAAUUAGGAUCCAUGAUGGCAGAAUUUCCACUAGAUCCACAGCUCGCUAAAAUGGUUAUUGCAAGUUGUGACUACAACUGUUCUAAUGAGGUCCUAUCUAUUACUGCUAUGUUGUCAGUCCCACAGUGUUUUGUUCGCCCCACGGAAGCCAAGAAAGCUGCUGAUGAGGCCAAGAUGAGAUUUGCCCACAUAGAUGGAGAUCAUCUGACACUGCUUAAUGUCUACCAUGCAUUUAAACAAAAUCACGAAUCGGUUCAGUGGUGUUACGACAACUUCAUUAACUACAGGUCCCUGAUGUCCGCAGACAAUGUACGCCAGCAGCUAUCACGAAUUAUGGACAGGUUUAAUUUGCCUCGUCGAAGUACUGAUUUUACAAGCAGGGACUAUUAUAUUAAUAUAAGAAAAGCUUUGGUUACUGGGUAUUUUAUGCAGGUGGCGCAUUUAGAACGAACAGGGCAUUACUUAACUGUGAAAGACAACCAGGUGGUCCAGUUGCAUCCAUCUACUGUUCUCGACCACAAGCCCGAAUGGGUGCUUUAUAAUGAGUUUGUCCUGACAACAAAGAAUUACAUCCGGACAUGCACAGACAUUAAGCCAGAGUGGUUGGUGAAAAUUGCCCCUCAAUAUUAUGACAUGAGCAAUUUCCCUCAGUGUGAAGCAAAGAGACAGUUGGAUCGCAUCAUUGCCAAACUUCAGUCCAAGGAAUAUUCACAGUACUGAAUCCAAUGCUCAGAACUGAAGUUAUGCAGAGGACAGCUUUAAAUGAAUGAACUGAAAAGUUCAAGUUGUGCUCUUCACGUUGGUUCCAUAAUGGCCUUUAUUUGAAAGCUUUUUAAUUUUUCUUUACAGUAAAUAUUCCAUUCUGAUUUCAUAAAUUAAACAUUUAUGCCUCCCUUUUGUGUUGACACUGUAGCUCAUACUGGAAAAGUCGAUCAAUGUUUUUGCAGUUUAUUGAAAGUAGUUCUAUAUAUAACAAUGUUACAAGCAUUUCUUUAGAAAUGGUUGAAAAUGCUUCUAAAAUGUGAUUAUCGACCAUGGUAUGCAUGAUCGUUGUAAUUGUUGACAUUCCUUUUAGAAGUUGUGAAACGUUACAACUUGUGCUUAUGUAGACACAAUCUCCUGUCUCCGUACAGAGGCACUGACUUCAAUAAAGUCUAUUUAUACUAAUGUUGGUUAAAGCCCCUGCUAUCUUUGUAGUUUCUUAUGCUUAGCUGCUUCUCUUUCCCAGUGCAGGAUUUUUCCCCCCCCUUAAAAUUAUGCUUUUGUGACACAUUUAGUUGUCUCUGCAGAAUGCGCCUCAGAAAAGUAGUCAUUGAAACAAUAUUAGAGCAUUGUAAAGUAUGUAGUGUUCAUUUGAAAUCGGAUCCUCUGAUACAUGCUAUUGAGUAGGGUGGGUGCUCUUGACUGUCAGUUCUUAAGGUUGGUCAUUUGUUAUCUUUUUGCAAUAUUUUUAUGAAAUCGUAUCAUGCUUAUAGACACACAUUUUAAGCAUGUUAGUUUCUAAAUGCUUUUAUUCGUAUUAGAUAAGAAGGAAUAAUACUGUGUAGGUUUAAAUCAGCUUUACUAAAUUUUUAGUGUUGGGAGUUGUCCUCCUGCAUAUGUUUUAUCAUAUAAUAUGUUAAAAUGUGAAUUUGACUUUCCAUUCUCUGUAAUGGUAGAUAGGAUAACGCCUUUGGAACCAAAAAUGUUGUAUUUAGUAAGACCCAUUUUAGUUUUAUGCUAGAUUACUUUUUUCAAUUGAAUGAUAAAUGUGCGAGAAAAUGUCUGGACUCUUUCCCCAUCUCCACUUUAAAAAGGUUUUUUUUUAAGUGUUAUAAAAGGGUAGAUUUGUGCUAGGGUUGAAGAAAUAUUUGGAGGAAAAUAGAAUAUAUGCAUAUGCAGAGUUUGAGAGUUUGCAGAGUUUAUUGUAAUUGUAAAUGAUGUUCAUCUUGUAAAUGAUUGUACUUUGGGAAUGUCCACAUGGAAUCAGAGCAGGCUGGGCGUUCUCCCAAUAUUGGAUCAGAUCUGGGGGGUUUUUUCCAAUUGCUGCUGUUGACAAGGGUAUGGACUUUAAAGCUGUUCUCUAGUGCCUUUAUUCUAAUAAAUUUGACAGCUGAACAUCAGAGUUGCUAAAAUUUCACGCAUGAUAAGGACCAUCAAGUAAUUCGCUUUGUUGGGUAGAAAAACAUGACAUUUCAAAAUUUCUUCUAUAAUAAUACUUAGAAAAUAUUAAUUCUCCUUUUUAAAAUCAUUCCUUAGAAUGUUGCAUUUUGCUUUGAAUAUGACGUGAGGAAAGUCAACCAAGAACCCACUGACCUGGAGAAAAAUGGAGAAUUAUUAGUUAGAAUCCAAAAUACCACACCUAUUCUACGACCCCACUUUAUAUAGAGCAUUUAUUAGUCAUAAAAUACCUAGAAUUUUAAUGGCCAUCAUUUGGCUUGGGUAUUUAAGAAAAAUCUUUCAUUGUCUCCUGAGUCUUAAUUCUGUUAAAUGCUAAGCUGUCACUGCGUCUCUAUAAUUAGUGGUUUCUGUUUAAAUCCACUGGUUGAUGACUGGGGCCGAGCAGCCUCUUCCCUAGGCCUUCCUGGACCCGCCUUGUUUGCAUUGGAUGCAUUUGGGCUCCUGGUGAUUUUUUUUUUUUUUUAACGGAAGUGUUGAAGUUUCAGUCUUUGUGAGUAAGUCUUGAGAAAAAAUUUUUACAGACUUGCACUGUGUUAAUCUUUGGAGUCUUCAUCACAUAUUAAAAUGUAACUCAUUGUUGGCUCAGUAGUAAUAUCUUAUAUUUCUUAGUCUUGGAAUUCUUAAAGUAAGAAAUUAGCCUAUACAUUGUUUUCGAAUACAGUUUUUACCAUUGGUUAGAAAUAAGUUCAAUUUGGUUUGUGAGGUGCAGUUGAUUUGAAUUUUGCAACUUCUCUUUAUGUUCAGGAAAAUACAAGUGUUGUUUCCUAGUCUCGGGAGUUUUUAAUGAUCCCCGAGAGAACUUGAAACCAAUUUAUGGGACUUGUAAUUUUCCUAGGAUAACCAUGGCUAUUUUGUGGCAACUUGUUUUCACAUUUUGUGAACUUUCUAAAGUACUAUUAAUUGUUAAGGGUAUUUGAAGCACCCUAUAACCAUAUCAUUCAUUAUAUGCUAAGUUUAACCAAAAAAUGGGAGUUGCAUAUCUUCGGCAAGUUUCUUAGGAUUUUAAAAGGAUGCUAUGUAUUGUACAGUCUUUAUUUGUAAGUAAUUGUCACAUUUAUAUAAUUUGAUAAUUUUUAAAAAUCAUUUCUCCUUAAUGACCGUGUUUACUUGUUGGUGCUGCUCUUCUGCCAUACUUCUCUAGAAAUUCUCAAAGCACAGUGACCUGUUUUAUUAAGUACUAGUUCUGAAGAGCAUUGUGAGGCAUAAAGAUAGAUUGGUAAAUCGCAGAUUGAAAAUCUGUUUGGGAUUUUUAAGAAAAUUUUGCAAAACUGUAAAGGAAGGUAUGAUGUGUAUGGUACAAAAGUGCUAUCGGAAAUCAGGAGAAACAAAAUUAGGUAAGUCUUAAAAUUUCACACCCUUGCAGCUGCCACGGGAAGGAUGGAAAUAGCAAACUGUAAGUCAUCAGAGGUUGUGAAGCCUUACUGAGUGUAGGAUAAACUUAAAGCUCUUUAACCAGCUGCUGUGUGUCAGUUUACCUAACAGUACUUUAAGCAAAGCUGAAUGUUCUAUAUGCAAAAUUUCCCCCAGAAUUCCACAGUUGCAUUCUCGGGAGCCUUUUGCAACUUUUUGGUUUGGUAACAAGGUAAUAAUGUUCUAAGAAGGACUUGUACUUGGUUGGACUUCAAGCAGUCACUAUUAGCCUUGAACAGACAGGAUUUCUCAGGUGACUAACAGCAUUGCAAGCCAAGGCAUGCGGCUCACAUAGUUUUUAACUUUCUGUUUUAAUUUGUGUAUCAUAAACUGUACCUGUUUAGAUUUACACCUUGAUUGAGUGUGACAAAAACACAUACUGUUUUAAUCACAACUGGGAUAUUUUUGUCACUCCUGAAGGUUGAUGUGUGUCUCUUUACAGCUAAUGACAGUCACUUACUUAACCAUGUGCUUGGCAGUUGCUGCCUAUUCUUUUCAUUUUUCCAGAAGAUCGUAAAAAUGGAACCAUACUAUGUUCAGUACUUUUGUGUCUGGCUUCUUUGAUUUAAUAAUGUCCUGGAGAUUUCAUGUACCUUGUAUGUGUCCAUAUGUUCUGUGUUUAUUGCUGUGUAAUACUACUCCACUGUAGAACGUAUGCUUAUACAUUUAACAGGUGUUAGAAAGUAGGCUGUUCAGUUUACAGGUUUUUAGUUUAAUACCAAUUUUUGUAACCAUCAAUUAAGAUUAUGGGGUCGUAUGAUUAAGUUGUAUGCUUAUGAAAACUACCGAACAGUUUUUUCUAAAUAUUGUAUUGUUGUUUUUCUACCAGCAUUGUAUUAUUAAGUUCUUCAUCCUGGCAAAUUUCAUAAUUAAAUGUUUAACUUAAAUUUUAACUGGUUAGUAGGUAUGUGGUUGGGCUUCAUUUCUAUUCUGUUUUGCAUUUAAGUACGACUGCUCAUUAAUAGUGUUGGAUUUCUUUUUAUAUGUCUGUUCCACAUUCAUAUCUCCUUAUUUUGCUCUAUUUGUAUUAACCUAUGUCAUUGCUGAGUUCAGGAUUCGUUACACAAAAUGUUUUUGCAGUUUGCUGGCUUA